AUGGGGCAGAAGUCGCUGAUCUAUGGUUUUGUGGCUCGGGGAACGGUGAUCUUGGCGGAGUACACGGAGUUCACCGGGAACUUCACUAGUAUCGCGGCACAGUGUCUUCAGAAGCUUCCAGCGAGUAACAAUAGGUUCACAUACAACUGCGACGGUCACACCAUCAACUUUCUCGUCGAUGAUGGAUACGCGUAUUGUGUAGUUGCAGCUGAAUCAGUCGGCAGACAAAUUCCCAUGGCUUUCCUGGAAAGAGUCAAAGAAGAUUUCGCCAAGAGAUAUGGGGGAGGAAAAGCUGCAACUGCUGCUGCCAAUGGUCUCAGCCGGGAAUUUGGUCCAAAGCUGAAGGAGCAUAUGCAGUAUUGUGCCGACCACCCAGAGGAGAUUAGCAAACUUGCUAAAGUAAAAGCUCAGGUAUCAGAAGUUAAAGGAGUCAUGAUGGAGAAUAUAGAAAAGGUUCUGGAUCGCGGAGAGAAAAUUGAGCUCCUUGUUGACAAGACUGAAAAUCUUCGCUCCCAGGCGCAAGAUUUCAGGCAGCAGGGAACGAAGAUAAGGAGGAAGAUGUGGUUGCAGAACAUGAAGGUUAAGCUUAUUGUUUUAGGUAUCAUCAUCGCCCUAAUACUCAUCAUCGUCCUUUCCGUUUGCCAUGGCUUCAAAUGCUAGUGUGGAUAGGUUUAUUAAAGAAAGGCAACACAUCUUCCAUGCUUGGCUAGUGCAUUUCUUCAACUUGUUUUUCCAGUAUGGGUAUAUUCUUUUGAUGAUUUCUGAUGUUGAUUGGGUUGUCUUGUCUUAUCUUGUCUGUCAAACUUCUUGGAUCAAUGCUUUGCGUGUAUAGAGUUGUUACUUAGAUUCUUUAUUGCUAUUGUAGUAGAACUAGCUGAUGAUUCCAUGCAGAUUUAGAGAUCUAACUAUGCUUUUUACUCUGCUCAAUA